AUGGACCAAAUCAACUCCAUCAAAACAAAAUCCAUACUUCCCAUACCCAUAAAGGAAUAUAGCGCCUGUUUCGCCAUCCAAGCUGCGGAGAAACCUUCAAACCCUACCCCAUCUCCACCAAAGAACAAGGACAUCGACCAAAAUCAAGCUUCGAUCUCCAAGAAAACUGGCAGAACACCUCUCCCAUCAGCACCUCUUGCUCCCACACGUUUCGCAUAUAAUGGUCGUGCAUAUGAUUCAUGGCAAGCUCGCAAGAGAACACUUCGACGUCGGGGUAUCGAAAUCCGGAUUCGAGAACCGAGUGUUGCUGAGAAGCGAUUGAAAUAUCGAUGCAAGGAAUUGAGUGGACUCCGAUGGUCGCAAACUUAUUUUGAGAAGUAG